UCUCGAAUCUUGUGUCCUCCGUCCUCUUUCGUACGUCUAUGGUAGUUCGUAACCUCUGUCCUCUCUCUACGACUAGCAAUAUGGACGCCUUCACGCCCCAGCAGACCAUCGAACUCGUCAGUCGCAUUGGGUGCAAGAAAGCCCACAUGCGUAUUGACAAGCUGUGGUGGAACUCUUUCAUGACCGGACCGCUCCUAGGAUUUGGCUGCGCAGUGCUCGUGUCUACAAACGCUGCGCCUUGGUACCAGCAGAAUGCCCCAGGCUUGAUACGCUCGAUAGCAGCACUGUUCUUCCCGAUCGGACUCGUAAUGAUUGUGUUAAGCGGAGCGGAUCUUUUCACGAGCAAUAUCAUGUUCAUGACGACGGCUUUUUUGCACCGAAGGGUAAGCGUGCUGGAUGUCGCUCAGAGCUGGGCCGUAUCGUUCUUCGGCAACCUGGCAGGCUCACUAUUUUUCAUGGCGAUCAUCAUGGGCUAUGGCGGCGUCUUCCAGGAGACGAGUGGCUAUGCAUCAGCCGCUAUUAUGAUUGCUGAACAAAAGGCUGUGCAGCCGCAGUGGCAUCAGAUAUUUCUACGUGCAAUAGGCGCGAACUGGCUUGUCUGCUUCGCUGUAUUCAUUUCGAUAAGCAGCCGCGAAAUCUCCAGUAAGAUCAUUGCUAUCUGGUGGCCAACGGCAACCUUCGUGGCCCUGGCGUUGGACCAUGUCGUUGCCAACAUGUUCUUCAUACCUAUGGGAAUCUGGUGUGGCGCAGAUAUCGGAGUCGGCUACUAUAUCUGGAAGUCCAUGAUACCGACCAUGAUGGGCAACAUGGUGGGCGGAGGCCUCUUCGUCGGCACUGUGUAUUGGUAUCUUUACCUCACUGGCGAAGAUGGCGUAGGUGUGGACUUCAACAUUGGUUCCUUGGCCACAGCGAUGGAGGCUGGAGGCCCAAUGCGGAGGACGACGGACGAGAAGCAGCGCAACGUAAGGCACAUGAGCGACGGGACCAUUGUUGGGCAAGACCCAGAUGCCAUUUUACCACAUUCAAGCGGCCAGAUGAUCAGCGCCAUUGGCGUGGAGUUGAGCGAUGACAGUCCGUAUACCAAGUCGCACGCCGAGCGGACGAAACGUCCGGUGAAAGGGUCCGUGGACGGAAAGGUGUAGAUAUUCAGCACCGUGCUCACGGCCAUCGUGUCGCUGUCAUGGUAGGUGCUCGACUUCGCCUGGGCAGACUGUCCGUUGCUGUCGGCGGAGAAGGAACGGGUCGUGGUUUGUUUCGGGAAACUUUGAAGGACAUACUAUAAGUGAGCGAUCAAUGCUGUUUACUCAGCGAUAUCAACUGCGGCGCAUCCGAGCACUGUAUCCGGCGUUACACCAGCC